AUGGACAAUCACGACGACAAUGACGACUAUGGCGUGGCGGGCUUCAUGGAGGAGCCCGACGACUAUUACCCGCCGACACCUCCACCGACGCAGCAAGUAUUCACGAUGAAGAGCGGCAAGGACAUCACGCUGCACCUGGUGGGCGCGAGCCCAACAGAGGCGCACCACCUGUGGAACGGGGCCAAGAUCGUGUCCGACUAUCUCGAGGCGCAGCCGUCGCGUGUCCGGGGCCGGACGGUGCUGGAGCUGGGCGCCGCGUCUGGCCUGCCGUCCCUAGUGGCCGGCCUCCUGGGCGCGUCGCGGGUGGUCAUGACGGACUUUCCGGACCCGGAAAUAGUCGCCAACAUGCAGAAAAACAUUGACCUGUGCGACGAGACGGCUGAGCCGCGGGGUUCCAUCGCGAACGUCGUCGACGCGGCGGGCUUUGUCUGGGGCGGCGACGUGGCGCCGCUGCUGGCGAAGCUAGGCGGCGACGAGGGCGCGGAGAGGCGGUUCGACGUGCUGAUCCUGGCGGACCUACUGUUCCGGCACAAUGAGCACGGGAUGUUGGUCAAGACGAUCAAAGAGGCCAUGGGGACGACGGCGGAUAGCGUGGCAUACGUCUUUUUCACCUCCUACCGGCCGUGGAAGCGUGAUCUGGACAUGAAGUUUUUCGACGUGGCGCGCGAGGCUGGGCUGGAGGUGGUGCGGGUGGAGGAGAGGAUGCUGGACAAGCCGCUGUUUGAGAAUGAUCCGGGUGAUUUGGAUGUGCAAAAGACGGUCAAUGGGUUCGAGGUGCGGUGGCCGAGGAAGGCGUAG